UUCCUACUGAUUUCUGUGUGCAGGCAGGACUCCUUGCCAGCUACCUGUGGUGGUGCUGCAGACAGCUGUGUACGGGCAUGUCCUGUGUACUGCUGCCCCCUACCUGUGGCAGCGUUACCUGCAUGUGCUGCUGACUUCCUCCUUGUCCCAGCGCCAUGUGAUUAGUGCAGCAGUUUGCUACUUGCAUUUUACCAAUAAUUCUACCCUUCCCUAGGUGUCCUCUCCCUCAUUGUCCCUGCCAGCAGCCUGACGUUCACUAUGACCCCCUCUGCCCUCUUCAUAUUUGGGUGUUUGCUGUAUUAUGCUGCAGCAUCGUCUGAUCCCCCAAACAUCAUCCUGAUUUUUGCUGAUGACCUUGGCUAUGGUGACUUGGGGUGCUAUGGACACCCUACUUCCCUUACUCCUAAUCUUGACAGAAUGGCAGCCCGAGGACUACGUUUCACAGAUUUCUACGCUAGUGGCGCUUUGUGCUCGCCUUCCAGAGCCGGCCUCCUGACGGGUCGUUUUCAAACCCGUUCUGGAGUGUACCCUGGAGUGUUUUACCCCAGCUCCGUGGGUGGACUUCCUCUGAGUGAGAUUACUAUUGCCGAGGUACUACAAUCUCGUGGGUAUGUCACUGCCAUGGCAGGCAAAUGGCAUCUGGGACUGGGACGUAAUGGGACUUUCCUGCCCACACGUCAAGGAUUUGAGCACUUCUUGGGUGUUCCUUAUUCACAUGAUCAGGGUCCUUGUCAGAAUUUGACAUGUUUUCCUCCAGACACACUGUGCUACGGGACAUGUGACUUGGGGGAGACUCUUCUGCCAGUGUUCAUUGAUGAGAGGAUCCUACAACAACCGGUGAACUUUCCUGGACUGGUUCCUCUAUAUCAGCAGUUCAGCAAAGAAUUUAUUCAUAAAGCAGUGAGCGAAAAGAAGCCGUUCUUUCUGUACUAUGCUUCACACCAUACUCAUUACCCUCAGUUUGCAAGUGCCCGAUAUGCAGGGCAUUCUCCAAGGGGAAAAUUUGGAGAUGCACUGCUGGAAUUGGAUGGAACAGUAGGGGAGCUGAUAUCAUCUGUGUGGGAUAUGGGUGUUCAGAACAACACACUAAUCAUCUUUACUUCUGACAAUGGACCUGAGACCAUGCGUAUGGAGAGAGGAGGUAGCUCUGGGCUCCUGAAGUGUGGCAAAAGUACAACUUAUGAAGGAGGGUUACGAGAACCUGCUAUUAUGUAUUGGGAAGGAAAAAUAAAACCAGGAGUGACCUCGGAGCUGGCCAGCACUCUGGACAUUCUGCCUACUGUAGCAUCUCUAACAGGCACCCCUCUUCCCAAAGUCACAUUGGAUGGAUAUGAUCUAAGUAGACUUCUUAUUAAUGGAGAAAAGAGUCCAAGGAAUACUUUUUACUAUUAUCCUCCAUCUAUUGAUCCAACCAGAGGGAUCUACGCCCUGAGGAUGGGAAAAUACAAGGCUCAUUUCUAUACAGAGGGAGCAUUUCACAGUGAGACAACUCCAGAUCCAGACUGCCACAUCACUGCGCUGCUGACUGAGCAUAACCCGCCUCUGCUGUUUGAUCUCGACACAGACCCCGCUGAGAACUAUAACUUACUGAAACCGGUUAUCCCUAAAGAGCUCCAACCAAUUGUAAAUGAAAUCCAAAAUGAACGGGAAAGAUUUCUCAAGAGUAUGACUUAUGCAGAAAGUGAGCUUAACAAAGGCGAGGACCCAUCGCUGAGACCAUGUUGUAACCCAGAAUGCACUCCUAAGCCAAACUGUUGCCGCUGUUAAACCUCACACUCAGAUCUUCUGAAUAGGCCUCAGGUCAAGUGUCUUAAAUCCAAAGAAGUCUCUCAUGAGAAGUCAUGGAUGAAGAUGCAAGUUAUCUUUUUUUUCAUUUACAAAUGCAGUUUUGAGGGUUUUUUUUGUUUUUUAAGCAAAAGCUUGUUGAUGCUAAAAAAGAGGAUUUUCUUUGUGCAUUGUAUCCUAAAUAAUCCACACCUGGCUUUGGCUAAAAGAAAUUGCACUAGAAAUGGCUUAAAUUAUUAUUAUUAUUUUUUUCAUAAGAAGACUUCAGUAUUUCAACCAGAGAAGUGUUAUAGGUUCCUGUAACUUCCAUUCCUUUCAGUAGAGAAUGACUGUGCAUGUGUGGCCACCUCUGCAUAGAAAACUGGAAAUAGAGUGUACUUGUUCUCGAGGUUGGACCAUCACCAGUAUAACACUUAAAGUGGUUAUCUAGUCAGGGGGGCACCACCAAUGAAGCCAAGUAAGGUGAUCGCCUCAGGCAGCACCAGGUAGGGGCGGGGGAGGGGGGGGGCAGCUGAAUGGCCAUGAGUUGACAGGGUUAGGCUAAGAAAUUGGCAUUGGGGAGGUGGGGUGUUUAAGUUUUCGCCUCAGGCAGCAGAAAGGCUAGGUGCACCACUGUAUCUAGUGAUUAGAUUAAUAUUGAUGACCUAUCCUCAGGAUAGGUU